AGAGCUUGGAAAAGUCUCUGAAAGUGAUAUCUUAACAACACACCAAAAGAUCACAUGCUAGUAGUUCGACGGCUUUUCCUGCACAUCAAAACGAGUCACUCAUCAAUAGAAAAAUCCCUUCACUUUUCCUAUUCUUUCUAGUGUCAGUGUUCUAAAUCUCAGGUGAUUAGAAGAUGAGCAGAAUCUCCCUCUUUGCUUCGCUCCUCUUUGCCCUCAUCCUCUGUUCGGUUUUUCUGAAUCAAGCUGCUGCUGAUAUUGUCAUUGGGGGAGGUGGCGGCGGGGUUGUGAUUGGUAUAGGUGGCGGUGGGAGCUCUCCUACUUCCCCCCAGCCUAGCAACUGCCCUCCUCCUCCCCCUCCUCCGAUCCCAGUCUGCCCACCACCACCACCACGACCACCACCCCUGAUCUUUGAUAGCAAGCGGAUAGAGAUUGUGUACCCAGUGAUCCAGAAAUUCAGGUCCAAGAUCACAUGUGACCCCAAGGGCAUUACCAGGACUUGGGUGGGCUCGGACAUCUGCAACAAAUAUAUGGGCUUCAAGUGUGACUUUACACCCGACAAGAAUGAGAAGGCCCUGGCGGGGGUCGACUUCAACGGGUUCCUCUUCGGCGGCCCCAACCUCGACCUUACCGGCUUCCUUGACCAGCUCCCUGAUAUUGCAAUCUUCCAUGCCAACUCCAAUAACUUCACUGGCGCAAUCCCCAAAGGUAUUCGCAACCUCCGGUAUCUUUAUGAGCUCGACCUCAGCAACAACAAGUACUCAGGGGAGUUCCCAGUGGAUGUCCUAGGAGCUACUGGACUCACAUUUUUGGACCUAAGAUUCAAUUCCUUUUCCGGAACCAUCCCCCCGCAACUCCUAAGUCUGGACCAGCUUGAUGUGCUCUUCAUCAAUAAUAAUGGUUUCCACCCACAAACCUUACCAGGAAAUCUCGGAGCGACCAAGGCACGUUACCUCAUAUUUGCGAACAACAAGUUCACGGGUGAGAUACCGAGGAGCAUUGGCCAAGCUUCAGAGACACUCACCGAAGUGCUAUUCCUGAACAACUCCCUCUCAGGCUGCCUGCCCAUCGAGAUAGGGCUACUGGGCAAAGCGACAGUGUUCGAUGCGGGACAAAACCAGCUCACGGGCCCAAUACCGCACUCAUUUGGGUGCCUGGAGGGAAUGCAGCUCCUGAACUUGGCAGAGAACCAGCUUUACGGUUCGGUGCCUGAGGUGGUGUGCAAGCUGCCCAAUUUGGUGAAUCUCUCUCUGUCCUGGAACUACUUCACUCAGGUAGGUCCAGUAUGUAAGAAUUUGAUUGAGAGGGGAGUCCUUGACGUGAGGAAGAACUGCAUAAGGGGCCUCCCGAGUCAGAGAUCGCCCCAAGAGUGUGCACGAUUCUCCUCGACACCAAAAUACAGUCCUGAUUUGACAUCGACCAAUAACAUCCCGUGUAGCAAGUCGUACCUAAACUCAAUGAAGAAGACUGCCAAUCAGCCAGAACAAGUGGCUACUGCUGCUCCGCUGCCAUUGACCUAUGCUGCUCUUGCUCCAAAUCGACCGUGAGUUCAAGGAAAAGGUCUGGUAAGAAAAUCUGUAUGGACUUUUAGAACUUUUCCUAAUUAUCCCUUCAAGAACAAAGAACUUACGCAGAAAAUGUAUUAUACUACGUUUCACCAUAAGGAUAACGCACAAUUCAUAAAAUGCGAUCCAGCACAAGCUUUCGUGGCCUUUCUAGUUUUUCUUUUUCUUUUUCUUUUUUCCUUGAGAUGGAAAAUUAUAGAACUUCUCAAAAGUAUGUUCCUCUGUUACAAUGGUAGAAGAGCAAUUGCAAACGCAUUAACAGCGUGUGCUCUGUAAAUGUUUCUUUCCAUCAUAUGCUUGUAAUUUCAGUCACCGACAA